ACUUUAUACAUGAUUCCGUGUUCGACGUCAUACGCUUACAUAAUCCUUCAAACACUGCGAUUGCCGUGGUUUGAUGCUAACUGAUUCUGUCCAACCUCAGAUUCCCGCCUGCGGUCAAUCCAUUCAUUCAUUGCCACGACUUUUGUCAGCCGUUGACCGUGUCUGUUCUGGUGCCCGAGAGACAUUCGCUUGCCUCAUCCUCCGGGCGUCGAACGUACAGCAGAUCCCGGUCUUAACAAGUGGCAGAGACCAACUGUACCUGACAGACCUUGUUCCACAUCGAGCCACAUCCACACUGUCAAGCACAUUAACUGCAAGGCCGCUCAGCCCUUUCGACGUCUCACCUACAGAUCUGGAAUACCCGUGAACGGCGCCGCUUACCUCCCAAGCAUCGGCCAUGGCAGAAGACGCGGCUAGUGGUGGUUGGAGCACGAUUGAGUCGGAUGAAGGUGUCUUCACUUCGCUUAUCGAGCAGCUCGGGGUCAAGGAUGUUCAGUUCGAGGAGCUGAUCUCGUUAGACGCUGAUUCUAUUCGUGCUUUGAGUCCGGUCUACGGCGUCAUUUUCCUCUUCAAGUGGAUAGGCUCGUCCUCAGCGGACAAGGGAACACCACAAGAUGGCACAUACGACCCGGAGGCGGUUGAGGAGGACGGACUAUUCUUCGCAGCUCAGACCAUACAAAACGCAUGCGGCACACAAGCCAUCCUCUCAGUCAUUCUAAACAAUGACAAGUCGAGCGAAUCAUCCACAUCGGGCGCGGAUGCGAGUCACGCGAGGAUCGAAAUUGGACCGUCGUUGCAAGAGUUCAAGGAUUUCACAACGGGAUUUGAUGCUGGAUUGAGAGGAGAGUCGCUGUCGAAUUCGGAUCUGAUUCGGGAAACACACAACAGCUUUGCCAAGUCAAGCCCUUUCGCCGAUGAGGUGCAACGCGACCCCAAUGCUGGCACAGAGGAUGUAUUCCAUUUUAUCGGCUACACGUGUCAUCACGGCAAAUUGUACGAAUUGGAUGGAUUGCAACCUUUCCCGAUCUCGCAUGGAGACUGCACGCCAGAUGAGUUCCCAGAAAAGAUCAUCCCCGUGCUGCAAAGACGGAUUGAAAGGUAUCCUAUGGGUGAAGUACGGUUCAAUUUGAUGGCUGUUUGUCAGGAUCGGAGAAUCAAGGCACAGGAGUUUCAAGAUUACGAGGGUCUUGCACGAGAGAGACGGAAGAGAGCACAGUGGGAUUGGGAAAAUGCUUUGCGGCGACAUAACUUCGUGGGCUUUACGGGCGAAGUGCUGAAAGGGGUGGUUGCGAUGAAGCUGAAGGAUGGCACUUAUGAUGCUUGGGUGGAAGACGCCAAGAAGGCGACGGAGAAGAGGUUACGUGAGCGGGCGGCACGCGGGGAUGAGGCAGCGGUAUGAGCGCGCGGAGCUUCUGGCAUUGCUAGCAGGCAUACACCCUAGCAUGGUGCCUCUAUGUUGCUCAGAUCACGAUAUGUACGAGAAAAGUUCAUAGAAAACCUGGUUGGGCUUCCCUGGAUACUGAGACGCAGUAGACUGGCCCCGACAUGAAUUUG